AUGGCUGUCCACCAGCCCACGCCUCUCCCUAAUGUCCUCGCCUGCGCACCACGCGAAACCACUCCCUCCGCGCAUGACCAUCAACGACGCCGACGUGACAAUAUCGUACCUAAAAGGUACCGGACCGGGGGCCAGAAGAUUAACAAAACCAACUCUGCCGUGCAGAUCAUCCACAAACCCAGCGGCGUGGUGGUCAAAUGCCAAGCGACGCGGUCGCAGUCGCAAAACGAGAAGAUCGCGCGUCAUUUGCUGGCGGAUAAAGUGGAGGCGCGGGAGAAGGGGGAGGACAGUCGGGCGGCGAUGAAGGCCGAGGCGGCGCGGAAGAAGAAGGCGAGUAAGAUGAAGAAGAGUAAGAGGAAGUAUCGGGAUUUGUCGGAGGGGAAGAAUAAGGAUGAGGACGAGGAUAGGAUGUCUAAUCCAGAGGGAGAGGAGGGCAUUAAGGAAGAAAAGAGGUAG